AUCAUAUAAACAUGUUCUAGUUUAAUUCACUGCCACUAGGGGCGCCGUCCCUCGUCCCUGUUUUGACGUCACUUCCGCUUCCGCGGCAGAAAACAUGGCGGCGUUCAGGGCGAGCGCGAGGAGCGUUCUGUCAAAGACCCUUCACGGACACUUCCUCUCGGCCGCUGCGGUCCGGUGGUGCUCGCAGGCUCUGAGCGCGGGUCAGAGCUCACAGGACCCGGAUGUGCUCUAUCAGCGGCUGUCGCUGCGGGUCAAAGGUCACGACCGGGCAGUGCUGGACAGCUUCGAGAUGUUUGCGGCUCUGGCGGCUCGAGAGCUCGGUCUGAACCUGGAGAAAGCAUUGACGCCAAACAAACACAUCGACAAACUCACGCUGCUCAAGUCUGUUCACAUCUUCAAGAAGCACCGCGUGCAGUACGAGAUGAGGACGCACUACAGGAGCAUCGAGGUCUCCAGAGUAACCGGCUCCAGCGCUCAGGUUUAUCUGGAGUAUAUUCAGCGUAAUCUGCCGGAGGGCGUUGCUAUGGAGGUCACCAAGACGGCGAUGGAGAAGAUCCCUGAACACAUUGAGAAACCGCUGUGGGACGACUGAACACACACACACACACACACACACACACACAGACGGACCGUGCGCACAUGUAAACCAAGAAUCAAAUGUAUUGUUUAUGUUUUGUUUCUUUUACAUUAUAAAAGAAAAUAACAUCAGCCCACCUUCUCUUUCAGCUAGCAUUCUUUUAUUUUUACGUCACUAUUUAUUUUGUUAGUUAAUAUUGAUGAUUUUGUCUGAAAAUGUUACAUCUACAUUAAAAAGAGGUCUUCAGCAACAUUCAGUAAAGCUUUAUUUAAUUACCCAUUUAUAUAGAAAUACAUUUAUUUGAAUGAUAGUAUUAUUAUAUCUUGCAUAUCAAAUUCUAUAAUAUUAUAUACAAGUAAAAGAUUUUCAUGCGUAGCUUAAACAGCCACAGUUCUUGUUUCUCUCAAAUGGUUAAAUCAACACAUCUGAUGUCAAUGAAAAACAGAGACAGAUUUGUAGAAAUGUUCUUCCUUUAAUGCAGGAGUCAGAUGAAGGACACACAUCAGCAUCUGAGAAGCACAUGACGGUGUGUGUGUGUGUGUGUGUGUGUGUGUGUUACUCACAGGCUCCUCGUCUGCGUCUGCGCAGUCCUGCAGCUCGAAUCAAACGAGUCAUUCCUCUGAAGCGAAGCAGUCGAAUGACUCACUGCUCGUUCACACACACAAAGAAAACAGCUCAAUGUCAAAUACACUCACAAUAUUCCAACAGAAUUGAAACGUGUACACAGAAAGAACUGUGGAGGACUGGAACAGCCCGAAGGGUUCCUCUUACCGGAGCUCCUGCUGCUGACCGUGUUAUUCUGGAGCUGUUCAGAUCGUGGCAGAAGCUCAUUGUAUUUUGAAUGUGCCUCAGAUAUUAUAUUGUGAAAUCUUGUUUGUGUACAAUCAAAUGCAUCAAUGAAUAAAUACAUAAAUAAGGCA